AUGUCUUCUUCCAACUAUUUUUUAGCUUUACUUCUUGCACUACUCUCGGUGGUCCUCACCAAGCCGGUCCUCGCCGAUUACAUCUUCAAUCCUGAAAUUCCACAUCCACCGUUCUUUCCUAUUUACGAGCCACCAAAGCCUCCGGCAGUUCCCAUUUAUGAGCCACCAAAGCCUCCAGUAGUUCCAAUUUACAAGCCACCAAAACCUCCAGUUGCUCCAAUUUACAAGCCACCUAAGCCUCCAGUUGCUCCAAUUUACAAGCCACCUAAACCUCCUGUUGCUCCAAUUUACAAGCCACCCAAGCCACCAAAGCCGCCGGUGGGUCCAAUUUACAAGCCACCAAAACCUCCGGUAGUUCCAAUUUACAAGCCACCUACGCCUCCAGUUACUCCAAUUUACAAGCCACCUAAACCUCCUACUGCUCCAAUUUACAAGCCGCCAAAGCCACCAGUAGGUCCAAUUUACAAGCCACCUAAACCACCAAAGUCGCCGGUGGGUCCAAUUCACAAGCCACCAAAGCCUCCUGUGGUUCCAAUUUACAAGCCACCUAAGCCUCCGGUUGUUCCAAUUUACAAGCCUCCAAAGCCUCCAGUUGCUCCAGUCUACAAGCCACCGAAUCCUCCAGUAGCUCCCGUUUACAAGCCACCACAUCCCCCAGUUGUUCCAAUUUACAAGCCACCCAAACAGCCAAUCGGUCCAAUUUAUGAACCACCAGAACCUCCGGUAGGUCCCAUACACAAACCGCCGGUGCCAAUUUACAAACCAUACCUACCGCCACCAUAUUCUUACAAUCCUCCGUACAAUCCGCCACCAUCCAACUGA